AUACAAUUAUGGUUUAGCUACCAACCGUUAAUAUUACUAUACUCUAAUGAAAGGAAACACGUACAGGGAACACACCUUACCCCAAUCAUGUCUAAAAAGGAGUAAAGAUACCUACAUAACGUAUAAAACUUUUGUAUUUCAUCUCUUAAGGGUCUAUCAAUUUCUUUUUGGUUUUUUUUUCUGAGGAACUUUUCAGCGUAAAAUCGUCUUUCGCCCUUGUUUAUAAUGGAAGAUCCGAUUUAUAGUUCGUUGAGACGCACGAAUGCCAACGAACUUGUCAGUCCCGAAAGCCUUGUUCAUCAAAGCAAGAUUUUAACCAAAGAGGAAGCUGAAAAUGUGGUGAAUGAAAAAAUUGCGUUUAAACCGGUUCUGCUUGUACCGACUAUGUCAGAUGGGAAAGCAAGAAAACAAACCAUUUCUCGACAGAGCAAGAAACAAAAGACUCUGUCUUCUAAAGAAAAAAGAAAACUCCAGCUGAACACUGUACCUAAGCAUCUGAAAUACGACCAGUUUGAACCCUUACAUUUCAUGUGGUGCAAUUACCUAGAGGAGGCAAUUGGCAAUUCCACUGGUGAAUCCCUUCUUGCUAAAAUGAUCAAAGCUGAAUAUCAUGGAUCAUACAUGCGAGUUGUUUGCUGUAAAAGUCCUUCUCGAAAUGGAAUUGAAGGAAUUUGUAUUCAUGAAAGCAAAAAUAUGCUUUCUCUUGUGACAAAGAACAACAACGUUGUGCGAAUUCCAAAAAUUGAUACCAUAAUGCAAGUGAUUGCUAAUAUGUCAAGCAGACACUUAGUCGUUGAGCUAUACGCUCAUCAUUUAUUGCUUCGGGCUGGCGAUCGAUCCAAUCGACGUUUCAAAGGUAAAAACACAAUAGAUUUGUAACGAUGUAUAAUAGUAGCAAACAAUAUGAUUUGGGAUAAUG